AUGUGGCAGAGCGCUCCGGACACCUCAGACGGACUGUGGCCAUCCCAAGACGCGCCCCAGCUCGCCAUGGCCCGGUUCCUCCGGGCAUCCUGCCUCCUGUCCCUGCUCCUGGCCGGGUUCGUUCCGCCGGGCCGGGGACAAGAGAAGUCCAAGACAGACUGCCAUGGAGGCAUGAGUGGAAGCAUCUAUGACUACGGGGCCCUCACCAUCGACGGGGAGGAAUACAUUCCUUUUAAGCAGUAUGCAGGCAAAUAUGUCCUCUUUGUCAACGUAGCCAGCUACUGAGGUCUGACAGACCAGUACCUUGAACUGAAUGCACUACAAGAAGAACUCGGGCCAUUCGGACUGGUCAUUCUGGGCUUCCCCUGCAACCAAUUCGGCAAACAGGAGCCAGGCGAGAACUCGGAGAUCUUACCCAGUCUCAAGUAUGUCCGGCCAGGUGGGGGCUUUGUCCCUAACUUCCAGCUCUUUGAGAAAGGAGAUGUGAACGGAGAGAAAGAGCAGAAGUUCUACACUUUCCUGAAGAACUCCUGCCCUCCUACCACGGAGCUCCUGGGCUCACCCGGCCGCCUCUUUUGGGAACCCAUGAAGAUCCAUGACAUCCGCUGGAACUUCGAGAAGUUCCUGGUGGGGAGAGAUGGCAAACCGGUUAUGCGCUGGUACCACCGGACCACAGUCAGCAAUGUCAAGAUGGACAUCCUGUCCUACAUGAGGCAGCAGGCAGCCCUGGGGGCCAGAGGGAAAUAACUGACAGCCCCACCCCAUUCCCUGUCCAUCACCCAAGGGCUGGGAGGGGCUCUUCAGGAAGGAACCCACAUUACUAUUCAUUCUACACUCACUCCUGACCCCCUCUCUAAUUACAUAAAAGACAAGCCUGGCACGACAGUGUGUCCGUACACAAUUGUCCCAGUGUGUGCAUGGCUACACAGCCAUGUUUCUGCCUGCUUGAUAUCCAGGCAUGGACCAUCCAUGCUCACAGCUUGGCACUGGGGAGUAAUAACAGCCUUAUUUUUUUUCAGUUUUCUGUUCCAAAUAAGCCCAGAGGAAACACCAGUUCUAGUCUAAUAGUCCUGCUCAAACCUGGACAUCUCUCUUGGGAGAGAGAGUUGAGUAUCCCCCACAACUACACUGCCCACUUCUUUCAUCCUUCCUGAAGGGCCCUCCCAAGUCCCCAACCCCAUCCCACAGUGCUCCUGAGAACAGCCAAGACAUCCAUGAGUGUGAUAGCCAUGUACCCCAAGUCGGGGAUGGUGUCUCCAUGAAGGAGGGGCCCGAAGCCCUUGUGGGCGGGCCUCCCCUGAGCCUGUCUGUGGGACCAGCCCUUAGUGCAUUCAGGCUCUGGCUCCCAGGCAGAGAUACUACCCCUGAUCCUCUGGAGGACAUGCUAUUCUCUCACUUUGUCCACUGGCAUCUCUCACACCAUCUGCCCAGUAAAGGCCUUUCUGCAGCA